UAAAUGAUUGCCUUUGUCAGCCUACAUUCAUCCUGUUCAUAAAGCAAAUCCAUUCGGCAUAAAAGGACUUGUGUAUUAUUAUUGUUUUAAGUGGACGCAGAAGGAUGAAAGCGAGCGCAUUGCGAGAGGAGAAUUUUUUCUGGGCCUGGUAAAAGUUAGAGCGAGGCUUUCGUAAUCACUUCGGUUUGGUUAUGAUUAGACGCAGGGUGGGGGUGGCUUCAGAAAAAGCACUUAUUUACUGAGAGGGAAAUGCAGGUGGUAAAACUGCAAGGGGGAAGAGAGUAGAGGGGAGAGAUUUGGGAUGAGGACAAGGGAGGGUGUUUGUUUUCAUCUCCAAAAUAUGAAAGAGAAAAAAAGAAGUCCGAAGGAAAAGAGGAGCGAGGGAGCGUUUGGCCUGCGAGCGGCUGGUUCCGCCCACGGGGCCGGGCUCCGUCCUUGUCUCCUCCCCGCGUCGCUCACAUCCACCUCUCUCUCGCUGCUGAAGGGCUCAGACGGUUGGUUUGCUCCGGCGCGUCUGGGAGACAGCGAGCGCGGAGCGGGGCUGCUGUUCCACUGUGGCGGAGCAGGCGGGGGAUCAACUCCCUGAGAGAGAGGGAUAGACCAGAGCUGGGCCGGGCAGGGACUCGGGAGAGACGUGUCCUGAAGCCUGGACACGAGUCCCAUACCAGCGCGAAGCUACACAUUCUCAUUCGCUCUCUUCCUUUUUGUCACUGAGACUUGAAAGCAACGCAGGGAGGGCGAGAGGGAAGAAGGGCGGUCUCGCUUCUUCUUGCUGUUGGUAGCUGAGGGGGACGCGAGGGUGGAACAUGUUUGACUGCAUGGAGGCCCUGGGGAUGGGACCCCGGCAGCUCUUCAACGUGACCGGCCAGGGCGCCUGCAUGCUCCGUAAAGCAAGCCCCUUCUUCCCAGGGCUGGACCCCUUCGCCUGGACCGGCACCUCCAGCAUUCAGUCGGUGGAGACCCAGAGCACAAGUUCAGAGGAAAUGGUGCCCAGCUCACCUUCUCCGCCUCCACCACCACGUGUCUACAAGCCCUGCUUUGUGUGCCAGGACAAGUCCUCGGGUUAUCACUAUGGGGUCAGCUCCUGUGAGGGGUGCAAGGGCUUCUUCCGACGGAGCAUCCAAAAGAACAUGGUAUACACCUGCCACCGUGACAAGAAUUGCCAGAUUAACAAGGUCACACGCAACCGUUGCCAGUACUGCCGGCUGCAGAAAUGCUUUGAGGUUGGCAUGUCCAAGGAAGCUGUGCGCAACGACCGCAACAAAAAAAAGAAGGAUGUGAAGGAGGAGCCAGUUCUGCUUGAGAGCUACGAGCUGAGCGGGGAGCUGGAGGAGCUGGUCAGUAGAGUGAGCAAGGCUCAUCAGGAGACCUUCCCCUCGCUGUGCCAACUGGGCAAAUACACCACCAACUCCAGCGCCGACCACCGGGUUCAGCUAGACUUGGGCCUCUGGGACAAGUUCAGUGAACUCUCCACCAAGUGCAUCAUCAAGAUAGUGGAGUUUGCCAAACGGCUUCCGGGUUUCACCACGCUCACCAUUGCUGAUCAGAUCACCCUGCUCAAGUCGGCCUGUCUGGACAUUCUGAUGCUCAGAAUCUGCACCCGAUACACACCUGAACAGGACACCAUGACCUUUUCAGAUGGACUGACGCUGAACCGCACACAGAUGCACAAUGCAGGCUUUGGGCCACUCACUGACCUGGUGUUCGCUUUCGCCGGCCAGUUGCUUCCUCUGGAGAUGGAUGACACAGAGACUGGGCUCCUUAGCGCCAUCUGCCUCAUAUGUGGAGACCGCAUGGACCUGGAGGAGCCACAGCGUGUGGAUCGCCUGCAGGAGCCCCUGCUGGAAGCCCUGAAGAUCUAUGCCCGGCGCCGUCGCCCCAACAAGCCUCACAUGUUCCCCCGGAUGUUGAUGAAGGUCACUGACCUCCGAGGCAUCAGCACUAAGGGGGCAGAGAGAGCAAUCACGCUGAAAAUGGAGAUCCCAGGUCCCAUGCCACCUCUCAUUCGAGAAAUGUUAGAGAACCCUGAGGCCUUUGAGGACAAGGCUGAGCAUGGCAUUGGUGCCGCAGCAGUAGGCCCAAUCAAGCAAGAGAAACAGGAGGAUGCUGGUGCUACUGAGAAUAGUUUUGAGCCCUCCCUGGAUGAGGAAGAAGAUGACGAGGAGGAUGACGGCGAGGGGGAGGAACGAGAGAGAGAGGCAGACAGUGACGGAGAAGCCUGGAGGUCACAGAAGCCUGACAUGUCCAGGAAAAAUCACGUGGGGCGGGCACAGUGAAUAAUCUCAUCUUCCCUCUCAACCGCCAACACCCCAAUGACCAGCCAUCUUCAUGCACAGCUGUCUCUCGGCUAAAGUCCUCCGCUCACGGUUCGGCCUUCUGCCACACAGUGUCACAGCUCCUCUGGUCUGGAGCCCGGCUUCUACAAAUACUAAUGUGGUUGUCCAGAUCCCUCAGCAACACAAUGAUUCCACAGAGAGGAAAACCAGGAAAAAAGCCACAAGAAAUCUCAUUUAACUGAUCUUGCAGACUAUGAGAGAGGAAGCUGAAGGAGAACUGACGUUCCACAUAUUGCCAUUAUUUUUUGCAAUGGUAGAAACAAAAGGAAGUGCCAAAAAUGGAGAACACCAGUUCUGAAUGGUGAGCUCUGGUUAAAGUGCCCAGACUCUUCUCAGUGCCCCUAUCAUGGUCCAGUGCUUUCCCAACCAGUAGUGGGUACACAUGAGUCUUUAAAUAAUGACUACAGAACAAUCCGAAAAACGCAUCGUUUUGGACCUUGGUUCUUUUAAGUAGUUUUCAUUUGACAUGUAUUCUGCUUUGUUUCAUAUUCUAACAGUAUACGUAUGUGUACACUGUAUAUGUCUAUGCAUAUAUUUUAUUGCCUUUCUUGUUACUGUUGCAUAAUGACCUUUUAGCCAUGAAAGCUUACCAGAACCAAGUGCGCUGCCAAAUCAUAUCUAGAUCAACUCAGCUGCCUCUCCACUGGGAUUUUGAACAUUGGCUGAAUGAGAUGAACGGCCAAACCACUGGCUUUGUAUCUAGAGUCUACGAUAAGGGAUAAAUGUAGCCUGAGGGUUCAUAUGAAAUGACUCGUCCUUACUUCCCGAUGCUGUUGUGUCAAAAUGCACAGUUAUAUUAUUGCAGCUUGGAGGCUGAUGUUCUAACGCCUGCUGUGAAGGACUAGCAUCUGACUCUCCUGCUGGGAUUCAAGCCAUUGAUCCUUCACACCAACAGUGUUCUCUCCUUUUUUUUGUGCAUAUCUGAACAUUGCUUCACUCUGAGACAAAGGUGCACAGUUUAUCCCUCUACUGUGCUUUCUUCAUCUGGGUUUUCCUUUCACUCACCGCUACUGAGCGUAUCCAUGUCUGCAGCACUUUCGGUCCCGCCGUCAAAGAAAGCACAGCAGAAAAAGACAAACAAGCUAUGGUGAUGGCAGCGGAGCGGUGUUGUACACCCACCAUAACUGAUGUAUCUGGUUUACCCAUGUCAGUGAAACAUGUGAACACACACAGAUGCACAGAGACGAACACAAAGAGCAUUCUACAACCAUGAAGGUGCCUGCUUCAGUUUGCUUCAGGGGUUCUUUACACGGCAGCAUGCUCAGGGCUACUCUGUCAGGACCAAACACUAGGUGCUCCCUGGCAUACCAGGCAAGGUAAUAUUCAGAUGUAUUAUUCCGAUUUGCUUUCCACACUGCAAAGUACUUUGCGAUGGGAAGUGGCCAGAUAACUUCAGCCCAUCACCAGGAAGAGAUUUCUAAAUGUUUAAAUUCUUUCUUUCUCCGGCAGUUUGAAAGAGCGAAGGUGAUCGGCCUGGCAAGUCUAUGCAUAGACUGGUUACUUUUUCUUUUCAUUAAAGCAAUAUGAAAUCACCAGCCUAUCUUUUGACAGUCACUGGAAUUUCUCUCCCUGUACUUGUGUGUGUGUUUGAUGAGUUUACUGAAACCAGUAUGUCAGCAAGACUCCAUUUAUGUAGCACAAAUAAGAAAAGAAAGACCCAUGAGACACUUUCGUUUGAGCGCAGUCUCUAGGUGGUGCCCACUGCGGUGCCUCAUUUUUCUUGUUUUUCUGUAUCUGUCUGGCUAGAUGUGGGUACUAUCUUUGUUUUACUCAUGCUGUCAAAGUCUAUCAUAUUAAAAUAAGCCUUUUUUUUUUUUUACUGGGAACGGGUUUUAAUAAAUAA